GAAGCGGACGAAGCCAGUCUUUUCUUUUUAUCGUCUUCAUACUGCACGUCGCCGGUUCGUGAGUGGACCGGGCCAACAUCACCGCAGAGGCCUCAAAGUACAACGACACCUUAAAAAGAGAAGCCAUGGCCAAAGCACCCGCAGUCGGUAUUGAUCUGGGCACCACCUACUCCUGUGUAGGAGUGUUCCAGCAUGGUAAAGUGGAGAUCAUUGCCAACGACCAGGGCAACAGGACCACGCCUAGCUACGUUGCCUUUACAGACACAGAGAGGCUGAUUGGUGAUGCAGCAAAAAACCAAGUUGCCCUGAACCCCACCAACACAGUAUUUGAUGCCAAGCGUCUCAUUGGCCGGCACUUUAAUGAUGGUGUGGUUCAGUCGGACAUGAAGCACUGGCCCUUCACUGUCAUCGAUGAUAACACCCGCCCCAAGGUAAAGGUGGAGUACAAGGGCGAGUCAAAGACCUUCUUCCCUGAGGAGAUCUCAUCCAUGGUGCUCCUUAAAAUGAAGGAGAUUGCAGAGGCAUACCUUGGCAAGCCCGUAACCAGCGCCGUGGUGACUGUGCCGGCCUACUUCAACGACUCUCAGCGUCAGGCCACAAAAGAUGCCGGAACAAUCUCCGGGCUCAACGUCCUUCGCAUCAUCAACGAACCCACCGCUGCAGCCAUCGCAUACGGCCUAGACAAGAAGGUCGGCACGGAAAGAAACGUCCUCAUCUUUGACUUGGGCGGUGGCACCUUUGAUGUGUCUAUCUUGGCCAUAGAGGACGGCAUCUUCGAGGUCAAGUCGACGGCGGGCGACACUCACCUGGGCGGCGAGGACUUCGACAACCGCAUGGUCAACCACUUCAUCGCAGAGUUCAAGCGCAAACACAAGAAGGACAUCAGCGACAACAAGCGCGCGGUGCGGCGUCUGCGCACGGCGUGCGAGAGGGCCAAGCGCACAUUGUCCUCCAGCACGCAGGCCAGCAUAGAGAUCGACUCUCUGUACGAGGGUGUCGACUUCUACACCUCAGUCACCAGGGCCCGCUUCGAGGAGCUCAACGGGGACCUGUUCCGCGGCACCCUGGAGCCCGUGGAGAAGGCGCUGCGGGACGCCAAGCUGGACAAGUCUGCCAUCCACGAAAUCGUCCUGGUGGGAGGCUCUACUCGUAUUCCCAGGAUCCAGAAACUGCUGCAGGACUUCUUCAACGGGAAGGAACUGAACAAGAGCAUCAAUCCCGACGAAGCUGUGGCAUAUGGCGCAGCUGUGCAGGCUGCCAUUCUGUCUGGCGACAAGUCUGAGAAUGUUCAGGACCUGCUGCUGCUUGACGUGACCCCCUUGUCUCUGGGCAUCGAGACGGCCGGCGGCGUCAUGACUGCGCUCAUCAAGAGGAACACGACCAUUCCCACCAAGCAGAUGCAGGUGUUCACCACCUACUCUGACAACCAGCCCGGCGUGCUCAUCCAGGUCUUCGAGGGCGAAAGGGCCAUGACCAGAGACAACAACAUUCUGGGGAAAUUUGAGCUGGCCGGAAUCCCCCCGGCCCCCCGUGGCGUUCCCCAAAUUGAGGUGACCUUCGACAUCGACGCCAAUGGCAUUUUGAACGUGAGCGCGGCUGACAAGAGCACCGGCAAGGAGAACAAGAUCACCAUCACCAACGACAAAGGUCGUCUGAGCAAGGAUGACAUCGACCGCAUGGUGCGCGAGGCGGAGCAGUACAAGGCUGAGGACGACGUGCAGAGGGACAAGGUGGCCGCCAAGAACGGCCUGGAGUCUUACGCCUUCAGCAUGAAGUCCACUGUGGAGGACGACAAGCUCAAGGAUAAGAUCAGUGACGAAGACAAGCAGAAGAUUCUAGACAAGUGCAAUGAGGUCAUCAGCUGGCUAGACAAGAACCAGUCUGCAGAGAAGGAAGAGUUUGACCACCAGCAGAAGGAGCUGGAGAAGGUGUGCAACCCCGUCAUGACCAAGCUGUACCAGGGGGCCGGUGGAAUGCCAGGAGGGAUGCCAGGAGGGAUGCCGGGAGGGAUGCCGGGAGGCGGAGCAUUCCCCGGAGCGGGUGGUGCUCCCGGAGGAGGCUCUUCUGGCCCCACCAUUGAGGAAGUGGACUAAACCCAAAUCAGUCCGCUGUAACAGAUAUUCUACGCCUUAACUGUCUUCUUCUGACACUCUUCACGUGUUCUCGCUCUCUCUGUCAUGGCUUUAAAGUACUUCCACUGGCUUUGGGCUCUCUUUGCACACAAACCAGCUCUGGUGUUGCACUUUUAAUUCCAUUCUUGGUCUUUUUCACUGCAAAACUUGUUUUCCUUAAUAAAAUCGCACAAAAGUUG